AUGUCCUUCUCCUCGCUCGUCCAAGAUAUUGCCUUUCGCGACACCUCUCAGUCCAAUGUGCGAGCAAGCGCCAGCACGGCGACAAGCAAUGACAACCAGUCCACCAUUUCUCGACCCUCCGUGGCCCGCUCAUACACCUCGACCGCCGCCACGAGCGUCAGCAUUGCCGGUGACAUCUCCAGCCAACUUCAUGCAGGUUACAGUCACCCAUUGUCAAGAUCAUGGCAAGCAGAGCGACAACUGACAAAGUCUAUGCUCAUCUACCCUAUCUUCAUCACUGACAAUCCCAACGAAGUCACAGCGAUCCCUUCCUUGCCCAACCAGAAACGCCUCGGCUUGAACAAGGUCGUUCCCUUCCUUCAGCCACUUGUGGCUAAAGGUCUCCGAAGCGUCAUUCUCUUUGGUGUCCCUCUCGCACCCAGCGCUAAAGACGCCCUGGGCACAGCUGCCGACGACCCGGAGGGUCCUGUAAUCCAGGCCAUUCAGCUCAUCCGUCGACAGUUCCCAUCCAUCUUCAUCGUUGCCGACGUGUGCCUAUGUGAGUACACAUCGCAUGGUCACUGUGGCAUUCUCCGCGAUGACGGGUCUCUCAACAACGCCAUGUCUGUUGAACGCAUCUCGGAUGUGGCGAUGGCCUAUGCGCAUGCUGGUGCGCACUGUGUUGCCCCAUCCGACAUGAACGAUGGACGUAUUCGUGCGAUCAAGCUCAAGCUCAUCGAGGCGGGUCUCUCUCAUCAAGUUAACCUGAUGAGCUAUGCCGCCAAGUUCUCGGGCUGCCUGUAUGGUCCCUUCCGCGAUGCGGCAGGCAGUUGUCCUAGCUUCGGCGAUCGGAAAUGCUACCAACUUCCACCUGGAGGACGAGGGCUCGCACGACGCGCGAUUGCACGAGACAUCAAUGAAGGGGCUGACAUUAUCAUGGUCAAGCCCGCGAGCAACUUCCUCGACAUCAUCAGCGAUGCAAAGGAAAUUGCCAAAGACAUGCCUAUUGCCGCAUACCAGGUCAGUGGAGAGUAUGCCAUGAUCCAUGCGGGUGCCAAGGCAGGCGUGUAUGAUCUGAAGGAGAUGGCGUUCGAGAGUACCGAAGGCAUCCUACGUGCGGGUGCCAAUAUUGUGCUCAGCUACUUUACGCCAGAUUUUUUGGACUGGUUGGACUCAUGA